UGCUCCUCCAACCUUCACUGGAGUCCUCAUCCAACCUCAGCAAACCCUUGGGAUCCACCUGCCACCAUGACUGCCAGCUCGCUCUCGGGGGUCUCCUGUCUGGUGACGGGGGCCAGCGGCUUCGUCGGGCGCAGGAUUGUCCAGAUGUUGCUGGAGGAAGAGCCGGAACUGGAGGAACUCCGGGUCAUGGACAAGAACUUGAGUGAGGACCUCCUGAAGACCUGCCAGAGGUUCCAGGACAGGACGACGGUGAAGACGCUGCAAGGUGACAUCCGAGACACCGACUUCCUGCACCGGUGCUGCCAGGGGGUCAGCCUGGUCAUCCACGCCGCGGCCAUUAUCGACACGGUGGGCAAAGUGAGAAAAGACGUCGUCAUGUCCAUCAAUGUGACCGGGACGGAGCAGCUGUUGGAGGCGUGCCUACAGAACAACGUGCCGUACUUCAUCUUCACCAGCAGUAUAGAGGUCUGCGGACCAAACCCCCAAGGGGACCCCAUUGUUAAUGGCACAGAGGAGACGGCGUAUGCCAGUAAGCCGGGCUUCUGCUACGGAGAGAGCAAGAGCUUGGCGGAAAAGAAGGUCUUGGAGGCCAACGGUCAGGAGCUCCAGAAUGGGGGAACUCUGACCACCUGUUCUCUCCGUCCCGUAUACGUCUUCGGUGAAGGGUCUCAGUUCCUCCAAAUUCAUUUGGACCAAGCUCUACUGAACGGCGACGUCUUCCAUAGGACCUCCAGGAAAGAGGCCUUGGUCAACCCGGUGUACGUCGGUAACGUUGCCUGGGCCCACCUAUUGGCGGCUCGGGCCAUGAAGGACCCGGAAGGAACCAAGAAGAUAGCCGGGAACUUCUACUUCCUUACCGAUGACACCCCCCACAUGAGCUACUCGGACCUGAACCACGCUCUGGGCAAGGAGCUGGGCCUAAGGGUGGAGAGGAAAUUGGCCAUGCCCCUCCCCGUCCUCUAUAUCGUGGCUUCCUUAAUGGAGAUGGUCGGCUUUGUUCUUCGGCCGUUUGUAAGGUUCGUGCCGCCCUUUACCAGGCACCUGCUGACAAUCCUGAACACCCCCUUCACCUUCACGUACAGGAAGCUGCAGAGCGACGCGGGGUACAAGCCGCGAUACAGCUGGGAGGAGGCCAGGCAGGUGACAAGUGAUUGGAUGGCGUCGGUGAUACCCCAACGUAGGGAGCUCCUCAGAAAGAAAAAAUAAGAAUUUGGGGACAACCCCAGCCUAAAAAAUUCGGCCUAGUUUUGGAUACAGUGGAAGGGUUGUAGCGCUGGUGGUCCCUUUACCGCUUCAAGGUCACAACGGCUUUGAAGUGGUUUACGGCCGACGGUAUCAGUCAACGACCCCGGUAUCACUUUUUUCUUUCAGUCAACGGUUGGCUUUUUCAUGAAAGCGUUCUGAGCGGCUCAUGAGCUGCUGGAACGCUUUCAGAAGGGGACUUCCACCCCCCCCACCCCCGCCGCUCAACGGUGUUUUCUCGGGCUUGCCGUUUUUUUUACCGAUAAAUGAUCCAACAGUGCGGCCGAGUGGUCUCAGAAGUGAUUAAAGACUAGAUCGUCUUUGAUUGCCUCUAUGGCCUUGGAGGACCAGAGUCCAGGGUGGAAUUCUUUUGCUUUAAAAAAAUAAAUAAAAAUUGAUAUAAUGCUUAAAAAAAUUAAAAUAAAGGCCUUCUUUACAUACCGGAAGUGGCGUCAUGACGUCGCUCCAGUCCUCCUAGGCCAUAGAGAUGAGCGGAGGUCAUCUUUCCUCUGCUCAUCUCUGUGACCAGCCGCCGCAGGUUACCAGUUUAGAGUUACAGAGGAGGUCUAGCACUAGAAAAUUAUCGCUCUCGCUCCAACAUUCGUGGCGAUACCUCACAUGUGUGGUGUGACCACCGUUUACACAUGCGUACGCGACUUGCGUAUGUGUACGCUUCUGAGCACG